AUGGCUUUCGGGAUAUUCUGGUUUAUGAGUUCCCAAGCGGUCGAGAAGAGGAAAGAAGCACUUGCUAGUAUGUGUGAUGAGAGGGCUAGAAUGCUGAACGAUCAAUUCAAUGUUAGCAUGAAUCAUAUUCAGGCCAUGUCGGUUUUGAUUGCAACCUUCCACCAUGGGAAAAACCCUUCUGCUAUUGAUCAGAGAACUUUUGCGAGCUAUACAGAAAGAACAGCAUUUGAGAGGCCUCUUACUAGUGGAGUGGCAUAUGCUGCAAGGGUUCUCCAUUCCGAAAGAGAGCAAUUUGAGAUUCAACAAGGAUGGACUAUUAAGAGAAUGGAUAGCGUCGAACAAACCCCAGUUCACAAAGAUGAGUACGAUCCAGCAGACCUCGAGCCAUCACCGGUGCAGGAGGAAUAUGCCCCUGUUAUCUUUGCACAAGAUACUGUCGCACACAUUAUAUCUAUUGAUGUGCUGUCAGGAAAGGAAGAUAGUGAGAAUGUGUUGCGUGCGAGAGAAUCAGGAAAGGGCGUCCUCACUGCACCUUUCAGGCUACUCAAAACAAAUCGCCUCGGAGUAAUACUGACUUUUGCUGUCUAUAAACGAGAUCUUCCGUCUUGUGCAACCAUAAGUGAAAGGAUUGAAGCAACUGCCGGAUAUUUUGGUGGAAUCUUCGAUGUUGAAUCCCUUGUAGAAAAACUACUUCAACAGCUUGCUAGCAAACAAGUUAUCCUUGUGAAUGUGUAUGAUACUACUAAUCUCUCCAAUCCGAUUAGCAUGUAUGGUUCAAACAUAUUGAAUGAUGGGAUGAGUCAUGUGAGUGCACUUAACUUUGGAGAUCCAUUCAGAAAGCAUGAGAUGCAUUGCAGAUUCAAACUAAAACCUCCAUGGCCGUGGGGUGCAAUAACUACUUCGAGUGGCAUUCUUGUUAUUGCAUUGCUCAUUGGGCAAAUAUUCCAUGCCACAAUGAACCGGAUUGCUAAAGUUGAGGAUGAUUACCAUGAGAUGAUGGAGCUAAAAAAACGUGCAGAGGCUGCAGAUGUAGCAAAGUCACAGUUUCUUGCUACUGUUUCCCAUGAAAUCAGAACCCCAAUGAACGGUGUCCUUGGAAUGCUUCAUAUGCUUAUGGAUACAGAUUUAGAUGAAACUCAAGAAGAUUAUGUAAGAACUGCUCAAGAAAGCGGUAAAGCUUUAGUUUCUCUCAUAAAUGAGGUUUUGGACCAAGCAAAGAUUGAAUCAGGUAGACUUGAGCUCGAGGCAGUGUGCUUUGAUUUGAGGGCCAUCUUGGAUGAUGUUUUAUCACUAUUUUCUGGAAAAUCACAAGAAAAAGGAAUCGAGUUGGCAGUUUACGUCUCUGAUAAAGUCCCUGCAGCACUAGUUGGUGAUCCAGGAAGAUUCCGACAAAUUAUUACAAAUUUGAUGGGCAAUUCAAUCAAAUUCACUGAGAAAGGACACAUAUAUGUGACUGUCCAUCUUGUUGAAGAAGCUGUGAAUUUGAUGGAACUGGAAAUGGAAUCACCUUCAAAUAGCACUUUCAGUGGGUUGCCUGUAGCCGAUAGAUGGCGAAGCUGUGCAGGAUUUAAAGCUUUUAGUCGGGAGGAAUCUGUUCCCACGUUUUCCUCAUCCUUGACUGACCAAGUUAAUCUAAUUGUAUCAGUCGAGGACACGGGUCAAGGCAUCCCGUUAGAAGCUCAAUCUCGUGUAUUCACCCCAUUCAUGCAAGUUGUCCCCUCCAUAACUAGAACGCACGGUGGCACGGGUAUUGGACUAAGCAUAAGCAGGUGCUUGGUCCAUCUCAUGAAAGGUGAAAUCGGAUUUGCAAGUUUGCCGCAGAUUGGAUCCACCUUUACUUUCACAGCGGUUUUCACUCGUGGCUGUUCCAAUGUCAAUGAUCAGAGGAGUCAGCAAAUCAACAACCAGUUGAAGUUCAUUUCUUUAGAAUUCCAGGAAAUGAGAGCUUUACUUGUGGACCCCAGGCCCACCCGUGCGAAGGUCUCUGUAUAUCACAUUGAGCGACUAGGAAUCCGAGUUGAAGUAGUUCGUGAUCUGGAUAAUGGUUUCUUUAGCAAAAAUACAGAAAACUCACCUCCAAACAUGGUUUUCAUUGAACAAGAAAUUUGGGACAAGGAUUUAGCCUUGUCGACUCUCUUUGUCAACAAAUUAAGGAGUCUCAAUUGUACGGUUACUCCUAAACUAUUUCUUUUAUCUGGUACAAUAAGUUCUACUCGAGCCAUAGGUUCCAGCGUUUUCACUCCAUCUGUAAUCAUGAAACCGCUGAGGGCAAGUUUGCUCACUGCGUCCCUACAGCACUCCAUGGGUAUCAGAAACAGAGGAAAUCAUCGCAAUGGGGAACUUCAUACAUUGUCCCUCAGAAAUCUCCUUCGUGGUAGAAAGAUUUUAGUAGUGGAUGACAAUUUGGUGAAUCUCAGAGUUGCUACAGGUGCCUUGAAGAAAUACGGUGCUGACGUGGUCCAUGCAGAAAGGGGCAAAGAAGCAAUCUCAUUGCUAACUCCACCCCAUCAUUUUGAUGCCUGUUUCAUGGAUAUUCAGAUGCCAGAAAUGGAUGGGUUUGAAGCUACAAAGAGGAUUAGGGACAUGGAAUCUAGUAUUAAUAACCGUAUCCAUAUUGGAGAACUCUCUUUAGAAGCUUAUAGAAAUAUUUCGACCUGGCACAUACCCAUACUGGCCAUGACAGCUGAUGUAAUUCAAGCUACAAACGAAGAAUGCCUGAAGUAUGAAAUGGAUGGCUACGUCUCCAAACCUUUCGAGGCCGAGCAACUUUAUCGAGAAGUUUCACGCUUUUUUCAGACAUCGUCCAAUGAGAAUCCUAUGACGGAUGUUUUGUUUGAUGCGGACUGUGUUACGAGCAUGAGCCCUAGCCCUGUUCCUCGUGUCACCUUGGAGUCAUAA